CGGGGCAAGCCGGCUCGGCGCCGUCGAUCCUUAGGCGCCGGGCGCGUGCACACUCGACUGGCGGCGUGCCUGUGCCGCUGCUGCCGCCGGCCUCUCGGCCAUCUCGCGCUCGUGCGACACCACCUCCACAUCACCAGCGCCGGCCAUGCUGCUGCUGCUUCGCCCGUCGUGCAUCCGCACGUUGCAUGCCUUCGCUCCCGUCAUCCAUCCUCUCCAAGCACACAACAGCUGCACAGCAUGACCGACAUUCCCAAGCAGAUGCGCGGCCUCGUCAUCGAGAGCUUCGCAAAGAGCGCCGAGGAGGAGAAGAAGCCAUACACGCUGCGCGACGAUCUGGAGGUGCCCGAGAUGGCCCCGCACCACGUGCUCGUCAAGAUUGCGGUGGCCGCUGUCUGCCACACUGACGGCAUGGUCGUGCGCGGCGAGUUCGCACACAUGGCACAGGGCGAGCCGCUGCCUCUCAUUCCCUCGCACGAGCCCACGGGCGUCGUUGUUGCCGUCGGCUCCGAGGCGGAGAAGCACUACGCUGACCUGCCGGGCUCGGCCGGCCAGGGACCGCUCAAGGCCGGCGACCGCGUUGGCUCGCUCGCCUUCAAGAACUUCUGCGGCAAGUGUGAGGACUGCAAGGCAGGCAACCCGAAGUUCUGCGAGCAGCAAGACAUGAGCGGCGUCACCUCGCACGGCGGCCUCGCGCAGUACAUGACCGCCGACUAUCGGUCGGUCGUGCGCAUUCCGGAUGCCCUGAGCUUCGACGCAGCCGCACCGCUCUUCUGCGCCGGCGCCACCGUCUUCACUGCGGUCCGCGACUGCAAGCUGAAGAAGGGGCAGUCAAUCGUCAUCUACGGCGCUGGAGCUCUCGGACACCUCGGCGUGCAGUUCGCCAAGUGCCUCGGCCUGCGGACCAUCGUGAUCGAUUCGCGCGAGCCGCCGCUUGACCUCUGCAAGGCACUGAAGCACGCGCCCGACGUCGCAUUCAACAGCAAGGACGUGGACGUGAAGAAGCCCGAGACGGUCAAGAAGGCCCUGGAGGCCAUUGGCGGCCCGGCAGACGCCGUCGUCAUGUGCACGGACGUGAUCCCGGCAUUCGAGCUCGGCCUGGAGCUGACUCGCAAGCACGGUCUCUUCAUGGUUGUGGGCCAGCCGGCCGACAAGAUCCCGAUCCACUUUGAAUACCUCAUCUUCAAGGACCUCACGGUCAAGGGCAGCCUGCUCGGCGAGCCGGCUGGCGUGCAGGAGAUGCUCGAGAUUGUGGCCAAGGAGGGCAUCGAGGUCAAGACGCGCUCGUACCCGCUCGAGAAGAUUCACGACCUGCUGGAGGAUUACGGGAAGCCUGGCCAUGCCGGCAAGCUUGUUGUGCGCGUCUCUGACGAGCAGUGAUUGCAUAGAAAAGCAGAGCGUCCCGUGCGCCACCGUCUCCCGGGCCAGUCGUUCCGUACGCCGAGCAGCGGUGCCGAUCGCUGAUGUGGUUCAAUGUGACGAGCCUAGACCAACUCUGCCCCCCUUCAAGUGGCUUGCUCUGCUCGCUCGGACAAGAGG